CUUGGCGAACCUGACGGGCCUAUUCAUCCUCCGCAAUUCGUCAUUUUUGACUUGUCUGAUUGGUGUGGAAUGGCAAUCGCCAUGCCACCAGGAGCUUUUGCCAUCAAGCACAUCUGCUUCCUGCCUCAGUCGCGCACCUGCUCCUCUCUUCCUACAGGAUAAAAUUUGUAGAGCGCUUCAACCUCGGAAUACAAUGGACUAAUCUGCGCCUGCCUGAUCCAUCUCCUUCAGAACGUAAUCAUUAUCAACAUAUAUUGACUCCAUUGCCACACCUCAAAGAGCAAUGCCGCUUCUCGACAUCUUCAGGGCCGUCCGGGCGUACUCGAGAGAUGAGCGCUUCACGUUGAGGGCCAACAAUGAAAAAUUGUACAAGCGACUCCUGGAGGUGUUCGCCCGAACCUGGGAUCUCGGUUUCACGGCAUUCGGGGGACCCCCAGUACACUUUCAAAUCAUCCACCAAAGAUUCGUCGAAGGGAAAGGUGGAAAGACAAAAUGGAUCGAUGAACAAACUUAUCAAGAACUAUUUGCUGUCAGCCAGGCUCUUCCCGGACCUGCCAGCACAAAAAUGGUCUUUGCAAUCGCACACAUGCAUGCUGGUCUGAUACCUGCCGUAUUCGUAUUCCUACUAUGGAGUCUGCCAGCAGCGACUGCAAUGUACGCCUUGUCGCUGGGAGUGCAGCGAAUGCCAGAUCAAUUACCGCCGAUCGUAUAUGCGUUGUUGACUGGUAUGAACGCGAGUACCGUGGGCAUCAUUGCUCUAGCUGCUGUCCAGUUGGCGAGCAGGGCGAUUACAGAUAACGCUACUCGGAUUCUUGUGAUCGCUGGUGCCUGUGCAGGAUUGUGCUACAACGCGCUUUGGUAUUUCCCGAUGCUUAUCGCAAUUGGCGGUAUUGUUGCUUUGGUAUGGGAUCUCUGGCUACAGAGGAAGAUUGGCAAGAUGAAGGCAAGCUGGAGAAGAAGGCAGCUCGCGAAUAACUCGGCUCCUAUUGAUCAAGAAGCCACCACUGUUGAGGUCGUCGACUCUACUCCCCUCGGCGAAAGAUCGAAUGGACAGGAUGGCGUCCAGCGGCGUACACCAGCUUCCAGCAUGAGAGGACGUCCGCAGGCUGACCGCAAUGAUCUUGCAAGAUCUGAAUCCCAAGCUCCCUUGACGAAUUUGAACCAGCAGACUCUACAGCAAGCAGAGACUGCACCUGACACCACAACACAUGGAAUAUCGAUUAAGAUCGCCUCUUGUAUCAUUGCAUUCUUCUUAAUAUCCUUCGUCAUUGUCAUGGUGCUCCGCGGUACUCUUCGCACACGCCCUUUGAUAUUCGAUUUGUUCGCCAAUAUGUACCUUGCGGGGACGAUCAUCUUUGGAGGCGGCCCGGUCGUCAUCCCUCUGUUACGAGAGUAUGUCGUACAGCCUGGGUGGGUUUCACCGCGCGAUUUCUUGAUAGGACUCGCCAUCAUUCAGGCUCUCCCAGGCCCGAAUUUCAACUUCAGUGUAUACCUCGGAGCUCUUACGCUAGCACCGACGAAGACAGUAACCAUUGUUGGUGCAUUUCUUAGUUUUGUCGGUAUAUUCUCGCCGGGUCUAUUAAUCUUCUUAGGCGUCCAAUCCAUCUGGCGCAUCCUUCGUACCAAGGCGUGGGCAGCCAGUCUAUUGAGAGGUAUCAACGCGACUGCGGUAGGCCUCGUCUUUACUGCCGUCUACAGGUUAUGGGAAAUAGGAUAUCUCACCCCCGAAUCGACAAACGGCAAGAGUCUGGCUCUUGAGCCGUGGUGGGUGGUUGUCGCCGCUGUGACAUAUGCAGAAAAUGCUUGGUUCGGUGUACCUCCGGCCUUGGCCAUUAUCAUUGGAGCAGUUCUGGGUAUCGGAUGGUAUGGCGCUGUGGGGAGGUGAGGUCCGAGGUAUAUUAGGCUGACUAUGAGACGUAUAAUCUUACACAAUUCCAUAUGCGCCAAUGCCUGACGAGCGAAUCCUUAAAGGCAUUGCCAAUUGCAGCAAGCGUGCCUUUGUGCGGGGUGUCCUCUGAUUGGUUGAAACUGUCCAGGGGUGGUCCGCCCAGAUGCGCUAUACUAUGUUCGUGCAAUAAAGUGUAACUUGGCGAUACGUUCUCGAGACUCAACUGUAC